CAAAACUUUCCCGUGGACAGACAGGUAAGGUUGUGGUGUCUUCCUCGCGCUUCUUAGACGGUAAACACCAUCCGGCUUUAGGACCACCGACUCUAGGACAUUACCGGCAUACCGGCUUUAGGACAUUCUUGGUAUACUGGCCUUAGGACAUUACCAGCAUACCGGCUUUAGGACAUUACCAGCAUACCGGCUUUAGGACAUUACCGGCUGUUGGAAUACCAUUGAACCGGCUCCGGCAUAAACCACAGCCAAUUUCAGGAGCGCCAACUAUCAGGACAACGGAGUAUCCUAACCGGCUCCCCGGGGCACCAUCUUCUGACGGUGUUAUACGUCAAUCUAAUAUUUGACGUCUAAAUAAUAAAUCACUUCCCUCGACGCCAUGAUUGGCGCUAACCUACUAGCUGUCUCACUACUCUGCUGUCUGCCCCUGCUGACACUGUCCUGCUAUGAAAGCUGCAGCAAGAAGUUUGCUCACGAGAUGGACCAGCUCAACUCCAACAGUACGAACACCACCGGAAGUCAGACGUCAAACUUCUGCAAGCUAGUGGCCAACCAGAUAGAGUGUUUGAACCACGCCAUGAACAUUUCCGUUUGCCCGAACGAGCAGAAUGCCCGGAUGACGAGGAACAUGCUUAACAUGUACAUCCUGCCGGACUACGUCCGCACGUGCGGGGCCGACACAAACACGUCCAGACCGACCAGCCAUGGCACCACAGGCCUGACCUUCUCCACCAACACGGGCGUGGUGCCGACCUCCGGCAGGCUGCUCAUCGUCUGCAGUCAGAAGGUCCAGGCCUGUCACCUCAGCUUCAACAACAGGCUCAAAACAAACAUGGCGUCCACAAACAUUUCCGGCAUCUGUCUAACGUUGAGCCAGUUCUCCCACUGCUAUGAAGAGCUCCAGUCCUCAGAGUGCGGCCAUCUUGUGCCUAAAAAUAUCGUCUCAAGCAUGCAACUACAGCACAGGGCUAUGUGCUCGGAAGACGCCCAAGUGAACGCCUACAAGAUGAUCGAGUGCACCAACAAGACCAUCAAGUGCUACCAGCACUUGUUUCACUCGUCAGUUACACCACAAGCUGGUGCAGCCAAUGUCAAGGUCACAUGCGGGGCUUUCGAGAACUACACGUCAUGCAUGCUGGCAGUGAGUACUGAGGCUGGUUGCUCACAGUUCGCGUCACAGUACCAGGCCAACGUCCAGCAACUCAAGAAACAGUACCUGUACUGUGGGAAGGAUAAUGGGGAGUCAGCCAUGAAGUGUGUUGAGAGUUACCGGUCCUGCUCUUCUGUCUUCAACACGAGUUAUUUCCCUGCCCUUCACUCGGGAAAUCUCAGCAACGUUUGCAGCGCCCUGGACAGCUACACCACCUGCAUGUCUCGACUCUCCCCCACGUGCAGUCAGCUGUUGACCGUCGAGCUACAGAUGGUCCAGCUUCUCAAGCUACAGUACAGGGAGAAAUGUCAUCCAAAUAUCCUACGUUUGACCUCGUGCACUCAGGUGACCUUCUGUAGCAACACCCUGCUCGCUAGUCUGUCCAGGGGACCGAACCUUGCAGGGAUGUGUGGGGCACUCCGUGGCUACUUCAAGUGCAUGUCCAACAGCCUGGAUACAUGUCAACUGCCGCAGUCUAUCACAGAGGUGGAAUUUGGUUCUCUGGACAAGCUUAUGCAGGGCUACUGUGAUAAAAUCUACAACAACCCCAAGCUCCUGAGGUGUCCCGCCUUCAACAAGUGUACGACAGCCGUCACAAGCUCCUUCUCACCUAACCUGAAGAACUUGUACGAGGGUUCCACCUGGUGCACGUUUAUGCAGCUCAACAUUGGAUGUGCCGAGCACGCCCUGCAGUCAGUCGGCUGUUACCUAGAGGACGACCCUCACCUUGAGCCGUAUGUCAAGGACAUCGACACCCUGAGAAUCAACACGUGUGAAACAGGGCAAGUGUCGGCCAGAGACGGUGUCCAGAGCGAGGCCAGUCAUGCCGCUGACCACGGGAAUGGAUCAGCUCACCUGAUGCCCGUGCCGUUGUUGUUUCUUGUGGUGAUGGUGCUGCAAUACCUAGUGCUCAUGUAAACUGUGGUCAAGUACUCACUGUUAUGGUGACUGGUAGAUAGACUAGCACACACUGUCACAGUGACAAGCACUCGUUGGUGUCGUGACUAGUUCUAUUUGUUAUAGUGACAAACACUUGUUAUUAUGAUGACAAGCACUUGUUAUUAUAGUGACAGACAAGUGUUAUUAUAGUGACAAGUACUCACAUUUACUGUUACUACCACACACUGAUAUAGUUGAAAGUAUUCACUGUAACAGUAGGCUCACUGUAUAAAUGUAACAUACAAACUGAUACAGAACCACCCGCAAUUGUACAUACAAAUACAGAAAGGUUUAUAUAUUUUAUAUCAUGAUCUAUGCGUUGUAAUUCCUAUGUGUUGUGUGUGUCAAAAACAUACCUUAUAUUGAGCUUUAAUAUCACAAAAUAAAAUAUUUUUA